AAACGCAAGAUGAUCCUCACAAAUUGCGCCGCCUGCGCCGCCCCACUGGCCCACAACGCGCCGCGAUGUAUUAGAUGUUGGACCCGCUAUUGUGACUCGACUUGCCAGCAUGACCACUGGCGCCGCGGCCACAAGCAAAUGUGUAAGAAAAUACACCGCGGCGGCAACGCGGAGCAAUACCACGCCGACGAAAAAUACAAGGAGGCCGUCGCGGAGGCCGUCGAGGCGUGCGCGGACGACACGAAGGGCCAGACGUGCUUCAUCUGCACGCAAGCUUUGCAUUGGAAGACGAAGGAGGGCCUCGUGCGCGGGUGCUCGUGCCGCGGGACGGCGGGUUUCGUUCACGUGUCGUGCUUGGCAGAGCAGGCGAAGAUUUUGUACGCGGAGGCCGAGGAGAACAAUUUGGAUGAGAAUGCGUUAAAUGAGAGAUGGGAACGGUGGGACACGUGCAGCAUGUGCAAGCAAAUGUACCACGGCGUCGUGAGAUGCGCGCUCGGGUGGGCGUGCUGGAAGACGUACGUGGGUCGGCCGGAGGGGCACUGGGCUCGGUGCCCUGCGAUAAACCAGCUUGGGAACGGUUUAUCCGCUGCAAAUCACUAUGAGGACGCCUUGGCCGUGCGAGAGGCCGAGUUGGCUAUGAAACGGCGCAUUGGCGCAUCAGAAGAAAGCAUUCUCGUCGCGCAGAGCAAUCUUGCGAACACGUAUCAUGAUCUUGAUCGUUUUGAAGAGGCCGUGCGUUUGCGACGGGACGUAUACUCUGGAACUUUGAAGAUAUGUGGCGAAGAUAGUAGAGACUCUCUUAUAGAGGCCAACAAUUACGCGGCCUCCCUUGUUCAUCUAGACUCAGAGCGUUUUGAAGAAGCGAAGUCGCUGCUGCGCAAAGAGAUACCCGUAGCGCGACGUACUCUCGGUGAUAGUGAUAGACUCACGCUCAAAAUGAGGUGGAAUUACGCGGGGGCGCUCUACAAAGACGACGGUGCCACGCUCGAUGAUUUCCGCGAGGCCGUGACGACUCUCGAGGACGCGGGGCGAAUCGCGCGGCGCGUGUUCGGUGGCACGCACCCGCUCACCGAAGAAUUUGAGAACGGAUUGCAAGACGCGCAAGCCGCGCUCACCGCCCACGUGUCGCCGGAGGAAUGGCGCGCGGCCGCGAGAGGCGUAAAGAUCCACUAA